CAGAGAAAAAAGAAAAAUGGAUGCAAUUGUUUUAUUUUUUGGAAGCCGAACCCAAUCAAACCAAAAAUUCCUAUUCAUUCCUGACAAACCACAAAACGCGACAUUUUUGCGACACUUGCUUUUCGGCUUUAAAUUUAAACCGUUAGGAAGGGGGGGGUCGCAGUUGCCAUGGUAACCCCUGCAGGCGUCUUUAAAAUCCGCUAGUUAGCUAGCUAGUAAUCGAAAAAGAUGGCGUCUUUUGAAGACUUGGAGAUUUUGCGAAGGAAAAACAAGGAGCUGCUGCAGAAAUUAAAAGACAGAACGGAACACUUGCAGCGUCUACAUUCACACCGGCCAGAUUUUCAGAGAGACGAAAAAGCAAAGUGGCAACACGCCUCAAGUGACGUCCUCCUUCAAGCUCGAGGGAAAAGUCGUCUACACGUCCGCUUUCAUCCAGAACCAACCAUGCAGCCUAGGUCCAGUAUCGCACAGGACACGGGGCAGAGCCAAGUCAAGCUUCCACCUGGAGACGCUGAACUGGGGAGAGUGUCAGAGAGACGAUGUGUGCAGCCUUUACUGGGAUACGACUGGAUUGCUGGUCUGCUCGAUGCUGAGAACUCCCUGACCGAGCACUCCGAGCACUUCUUCAGCGAGCUCCAGACCUUCCGCCAAGUCAACAAGGACGAGUGUGUCCACAGUGCUUCCUCAUGGACAGAAGGGCUUCAUGUUGGCCUCCUGGAAUCUUCUCUAGAAGACGGCGUGACUAACCACAAGCAAACUCCAGACACUCACCAAUGUACGUUCUGCUACCGAAUCAAUAAUCGGCUUUUCGCGACUCCUCUGGAUGCUCAAGCUGCAUGUCCCGUUUGCAAGACGCCCAUAGAGAAGCAUCCACACAGAGAGAAGGAGCCUGCGUUUAUCAGGGUCAGCAUUCCUCGCGCAACACUUCUGCCCGCUUAUCGGUACAAAGCGCACCGCCGAUGCAGCUUCGAUCCAUCAGACAGUCUCGGUUUACCCUCUCACUGUCUGUCCGGAUGGACAAACAUCUCGAUGGGAGCAGGAUCCGAGAUGAGCAGCCUAGAUUUGAGAAGCUCCAUGGAGAUCAGGCCAAAUCCAAAAACGGUGCCUUCAGCCAAGCUGGAUCGCUCAGGGUCCAGGGCGUCAGGACGCCAGCUCUCCGAUCAGCUUUUGCACGUUUCUCGUCUGGCGCAAUAUCAGAUCCAGCGUAACGCCGUUACCAGGAGAAACCCGAACAUGAGCUCCUGCUGAGCAUUUUACCGACUGUGCCACUGAAUGCUGAUUUCAGGCGAAAUUCUGAUCACACAGAUCAUACAGAUGCAGGUGAUGGUUUUCAAAGGAACUCCAGAUGAUCCUAAUCAUGCUGGUCUGAGCAUGUUACAGAUGCUGGAGUUCAGAACAGGCUCAAUAUUUCAUAAAAAGUUUUUUGAGGCCUAAAAUAUGAAGCAGUGCUUGAAGUAAAGGGCUUUUUUCCGGUUUUGUUGUUUUUGUUUUUUUCACGGUUAAAUACCGUGCUAUAUUUGUGCAACACUUUAUGUCGCUUGCUCACGUAUUAGCGGGUAUAAACAUCUUUGUAGCAGAACUUACUUCAGUGGAGACGUUUACUUUUUUUAUACAUUAAAUAAUACAUUUUAUACGCAUUUCUUGUCAGACAGGAGCGCCGUUCGCACGAGCCCACCUCCGUGUAAUCUAUUUCUGUGAAAGUCAUGACGACUCUUAGAGUUGUUGUUGUAUAGAGUUAACACCAGUCCAGAAUUGAAUUUUUUUUGUCACCACAUCAGCCACACUUCAUCGUCCCUUUUUUGUUCUUACUUUGCAAGCUGACGUCCGUCUUUUUUUUUUUUUUUUUUUUUUCUCCAGGAAAAGAUAUCAUCAAAACCCUGUGAUCUGUUAAAUAAAAAAAAAAAUCACACGGCCCUUUA